CCAGCUCCACCCCAGGAGGUUUGAAGUUUGAGCCUCCCGUAAACUUUAUGACAACUUCGCUUUCCUCAAAUUGAUGACACUCAGAGCUCCGACAGUUGGCGAGUUUUGAACACCGAGCACGGGACAGGAUACUGGAAGCCCGUGAUUAAAAUGGCUUCCAGAGGAAAGACAGAGACAAGCAAACUAAAGCAGAAUUUAGAAGAGCAGUUGGAUAGACUGAUGCAGCAGUUACAAGACCUGGAGGAAUGCAGGGAGGAGCUCGAUGCGGAUGAAUAUGAAGAAACUAAAAAGGAAACUUUGGAGCAGCUGAGUGAGUUCAACGAUUCGCUGAAGAAGAUUAUGUCAGGAAAUAUGACGCUGGUGGAUGAGCUCAGUGGGAUGCAGCUGGCCAUCCAGGCAGCCAUCAGCCAGGCCUUUAAAACUCCUGAAGUCAUCAGAUUGUUUGCGAAGAAACAACCAGGCCAACUUCGGACAAGGCUAGCCGAGAUGGACAGAGAUCUGAUGGUGGGGAAGCUGGAAAGAGAGCUGUAUACCCAGCGGAAGGUGGAGAUCCUGACGGCACUCAGGAAGCUCGGAGAGAAGCUGACAGAAGAUGAUGAGACCUUCCUGUCAGCUAAUGCAAGUGCUGUGCUCAGCCAGUUUGAAAAAGUCUCCACAGAGCUUGGCUCUGGAGACAAGGUCCUUGCUCUGGCAGGGUUCGACGUUGAAAAAGCCAAGAAAUGACGGCGUGGUGGGUUUGGCUCUGCCGGCCCCACCCCUCCUGCACACGGUGCUUCCAUCCUGAGGACUCAGGCCACACAAAGCUGUAGACUCUCACAACAGCCCAGGAAUAGGUGACUUGGAACACAGUGUGGCUUCUGCUUAGGGUCCUCGUCCCUCUCUCUGUGGAUCUCCCUUCUUACGUGACCCCAGGCUUGUUGGACAGAGGGACAUUGUUCACUAUGAUUUGUUUUGUUAAGAUGUCUUGGUUUUAGUGCUGAUAGGGGUGAGAGCUAUGAGCUAGGGACUAUCCUGACUUCUGUCUGCAUGCCUUGGGAUGAACAGCAGUGAUAUCCCUGGCCCUCCUGUGGCUGGAGAAUCUUAGAAACCUUUUCAGUUUUUACACAAGGAAACCAAGACUUAGCACUUGUGAUGUCUAAAGUCACAUUAGAGGCAGAGCUGAGGCUGGGGCUCAGGUGUCCUGAAUCCAAGUUUUACUUCUUUACUCUGUACUGUUUUUUAUAUAUAUAAUAAUUGUAUUUGUGCAAA